CAUCAAAGGCUGGCGUGGGUACUGCGGCCUCGAGUUUAGUUGGUGUCCGGCGGAGGGGCAUCAAAGGCCGGCGUGGGUACUGCGGCCUAAAGUGUGGCUGGUGUCCGGCGGAGGGUGAUUGGGGGCUACAGCGUCCCGUGUGGCUGGUGUCCGGAAGGUUUGACCCUCUCUCAGCCCGCCUCUCCCCCCCCACCCCCACCCUCCCCAACCUUAAGGGCCCUGACGCAUCUGGGUUAGAGCAGAGCAAGGUGCUGGGCCGGAUACCGCAAGAGGGACGGGGUCCCGGCAGAGGCCGUCCUUGCCGCAUUGCACCGCGCCCGGGCCUUGUGCGAACGUGGCGGGAUGCGCCGGUGAGGGCCGCUGACUGACGGCGUGACUCCCCGGGGACGGCGGGUGUGCGCUGGAGCCGGCACCUGGCGAGGUUUCCGGCACGUCAAGGUUAUGGCUGAAGAGAAAGGCCAAACUUCCUCAAGGUUCCUGUUUCCCUUCAAACCGUACUCCAUUCAGGAGGAAUUCAUGACUGCACUGUACAAUGUUCUUGAAGAUGGGAAGAUUGGCAUAUUUGAGAGUCCCACCGGGACGGGGAAAUCGCUCAGUCUCAUCUGUGGUGCCCUCACUUGGCUCAGAGACUUUGAAGAGAAAACAAAACUGGAAGCAGCCCAGCUUUUGGAAGAUCGACUUCCACAGCAACGGCGGUCCCAGGAUCUCCAGAAUUCCUCCGAUGCUGGUUCCAAGGAGUCGGAAGCCAAGGCCUCUGGGAGUGAAUUUGACUGGGUCACUGAAUUUGUGCAGAAGAAGGCAGAACGGGACCUGGUUGAUAAAUUAAAGGAUGAAGAAUUAAGAAGAAAGAAAAGAGAAGAACGAUUGGAGCAAACGCGUAAUAAUGUGCAGCUUAAAUACGCUUUGAAGCGCAAGAGAGAUGCCGAUGACACGGAACACCUCAUUCAGAUGAGUAAAGAAGUGGUGACUGCUGAACAGCUGUCAAACACUGAUGGUCUGGACAAGGAGGACGAAGGCUUCAUCCUGGCAGAUUAUGAGAGUGAUGAUGAAAAGAAGUCAAAGGAUUCUAGCCUGUCUGACGAGGAUGAUUUGGAGGAAGAACAUGUGACAAAGAUCUAUUACUGCACACGCACACACUCCCAACUCGCUCAGUUCAUUCAUGAAGUUAAGAAGAGUCCAUUUGGCAAAGAAAUCAGGCUGGUGUCGCUUGGGUCUCGUCAAAACCUGUGUGUAAAUGAGGAGGUGAGGGGUCUAAAAUCAAUCCAGCAGAUCAACGAUCGGUGCCGAGAAAUGCAAAAGAAUAAACGAGCUGACAGAAAUGGCAGCGAAGAUACAGAAGAGACACCAAAACGGAAGCGCAAGAGCCGAGUAACUUGUCCGUUCUACAGCCAUGAGCAGAUGCAGUCCCUGCGCGACGAGGUGCUGGUGGAGGUGAAGGACAUAGAACAAUUGGUGUCACUCGGGAAAGAGAUGAAGGCAUGUCCUUACUAUGCCAGCCGCUAUGCCAUUCCACCAGCGCAGCUGGUGGUGAUGCCUUAUCAAACGCUGCUACACAGCUCGACCAGGCGGGCAUCCGGCAUUAAACUGAAGGGGCAGGUGCUGGUGAUUGACGAAGCACACAACCUUAUUGAUACCAUCACUGCCAUUCACAGCUACAAGGUGACUGGAUCACAGUUGUGCUGUGCUCACUCCCAACUGUCUCAAUACCUGGAGCGUUACAGAAGCAGACUAAAAGCAAAAAACCUGAUGUACAUCAAACAGAUCCUUUAUAUCCUCGUUAAUUUACUUCAGGUUUUAGGAGGAAAGGUUGGACAAAAUCCCAACAUGCAGAAGAUUUUUCAGGGAGGCACUGAGCUACAAUCUAUCAACGAUUUCCUUUUCCGUGCCCAAUUUGACAACAUCAACUUAUUCAAAGUACAGCGUUACUAUGCAAAGAGUAUGCUCAGUCAAAAGCUUCUUGGGUUUGUGGAGAAGUACCAGGAUUUGGUCUCAAAACCAUUCAAUGCACAAAAUCAGAAAGAAUCCAAGACAUCUGCCCUUGGGAAUUUUCUUCAGAAUCUUAAUGACAACUCAAGUGGACUAGUUAAACUCCAUGAGCAGGAAGAGGCCGUGGACAAGGAACAACCUAUGAUGGCAUCGCCGAUGAUGCACAUUGAGGGGUUUAUCUUUGCCCUCACGAGUGCCAACAAAGAUGGGCGAGUGGUCAUUCAGAGACAAGGUACAGUAUCUCAGAGCAGCCUGAAGUUCCUGUUGCUUAACCCGGCCGUCCACUUUGCUGAGGUAGUGAAGGAGUGUCGAGCAGUGGUCAUCGCUGGAGGCACAAUGCAGCCGGUGGCAGACUUCAAAGACCAGCUUCUGUUUAAUUCUGGAGUCUCUGCAGACAGACUGGCGGAGUUUUCCUGUGGUCAUGUAAUUCCACCAGAAAAUAUUUUGCCUAUAGUCCUCUGCAAUGGUCCAUCGGGCCAGCAGCUGGAGUUCACCUUUCAGAAGAGGGACAAGACACCACUGCUGGAUGAAUGUGGCCGGGUUCUGGUGAAUUUAUGUAAGGUGGUCCCUGGUGGCAUAGUGUGCUUUUUUCCGUCUUACGAAUAUGAAAAUCUUGUAUACAAACACUGGGAAAAGACUGGUCUCCUGGUACAACUGGAAACCAAAAAGAAGAUUUUCCAGGAGCCCAGAAAGGCCAGUCUGGUAGAGCAGGUGCUUUCCGAGUAUUCCAGGUGUAUCCAGAACUCAAGCGAAACACCAGGCCCGGUCACCGGGGCUCUGCUCUUAUCUGUUGUUGGGGGAAAGAUGAGUGAAGGAAUCAACUUCUCCGACGACAUGGGCAGGUGCGUGGUGAUGAUUGGAAUGCCAUUUCCCAAUGUGAACUCACCAGAGCUGCAGGAAAGGAUGGCGUACUUGGAUAAGAACAUGGCAAAAACGGAUGGAAAGAGUCCAGGAAAAGUACUACUCGAAAACCUGUGCAUGAAAGCUGUCAACCAGUCUAUAGGGCGUGCGAUCCGCCAUCGUGAGGACUAUGCCAAUAUUGUGCUCCUGGAUCAUCGCUAUACCCAACCCAGAAUCCUUGGCAAGUUGCCAAGUUGGAUCAGGGGCAGAACACGUACAGAGGCUUCAUUUGGACCUGCUCUUGCAGCCAUUGGAAAGUUCUUCAAAGACAGGAAGUCCCUUGGAAAUACUACGUAAAUGGACUCAAUUGAAAGUGAAAUGCUUGUGAUAAUAUCAACCUCACUCGGCUUCACUGAUUUAAGCCACUGAAUCGGUCGGAUGGCCCUUCACCAGUUGUAUGAAAAUAUACACAAUUGUUUCUUAUAAUUUCCAUUUUGCUUGUUUUAUUGUGAUUGAUAGUUGAGUUUUAAGCAUUUGUAAAUUAUUUGUAUUCUCUUUUGCUGAAAUAAAAUAAUAAAUACUUAAAGA